AUGAGUGGAUUCCAUUUAUCAGACGAAUCUGCAGAAAAUGUUUUGGAUAUUAUUUCUCCAGCCAGAAAAAGUCCAAAAGGAAAAGUAAGUACCUAAAACAUUGUUAGUGAAUUUGAUUUAUAAAUGCAUUGUUUUUUGUUACAGCGUAUCAGUAGUCGUCAGAAAACAAUUAUAAUGAAUAUAUACAAAGACAUAAUUGAAAAAACUCCAGUAAUAAAAAAUGACAAUUUGUGUGUAAAUCUACGUCGCACCACGGGUGUCGGUCGUAAAUCAAUAGAAAAAAACAUUGCCGAGUAUAAAAAACAAAUACUGUUACGUCUCCAAAUGCGAAGCGAUGUAAGAAUCGCUGUUCGAUAGAAUCGACAAUUUAGAUCGUAGUGGACUACGGAAAAAGGUGUAUUCUAUUUGGUUGAAGCAUGAACUACCAAACAUCGAUAAAAUAUUAAUCGCAGUGAACGAAGAUCCAUCACUUCCUACCUUCAAAAGGACCACUGUAUACACGACCAUUAAAAAAUUGGAUUUUGUAUUAACGAAGAGGAAAAGGUGCAGUGUAUUAACAAAAGGGGAAGACUUUAUUAUUUGGCGACGCAGAUACUUGAACGGAAUUCGAAAAUAUCGUAGAGAAGGAAGAACAAAAUACUGUUUGGACGAGACGUGGUUGAACGCCGACGAUUGUGUGGAUCGUGUCUGGGUAGACAAAACAGUGAAGUCCAAACAUGAUGCAUUCAAUAAGGAUCUUGCAACAGUUACGACAAAUCCAUCUAGCAAGGAAAAUGGUUAAUAUUACUGCACAUUGGUUCGGAACAAGGAUUCUUGGCGAGUGGUCUCUUAUGUUUUCAGUCGAAAAAAAAUAGCGGCGAUUACCACAACGAAAUAAAUGGCGAUAAUUUUAAAGAGUAGUUUGAAUCCAUUAUUCCUCGGCUAGAUCCGAAUUCUGUUAUCGUUAUGGAUAAUGCACCAUACCAUUCCGUCCAAACAGAACAAUUCUCCACAACAAAUUAAAAGAAAACGACAAUAUUGAAGUGGCUCGAAUUGAAAGUUGGAUAGUCGAUGACAUUAUGGAUGAAUUAAUUGAUAAUCUUGAGCCAUAUGUGUUUACUGUCACGGGAGAUACGAGUGAAGAAUCUGAAUGACAUUUUGUAUUGUAUUUUUUAUUAUUUUUAUUAGGAAAUAAAUAUAUUUUUCGGUACCCAAUUAAAAGCACAAUGUUUUUUAUAUAUAUUAUGUACGAUUACACCUGGUAAAUCUAAACAAAUAUAUUAGGGAAAUAUAAUAGUAGAAAAAGAUAUAAUACAACUGUUAAAUAUAGGUACCGGCAGGUUUUGAAUUAACGCGCGGUAUACUAUUACGCGUUGAUCAGUUGCGGCGGCGGCUGAGACGACGCGCCACACGUACCUACACAAUGCAUUUUAAGUUAAACGUGCUAGUCAGCUGUCGGUAUUAUACUAAUACCGCUCUCUGGGCUGGCAUUGCAGGCGCUUCACGCGCUGAGUGAAGGCCACGCCCGUGCGCACAACUCGAUCGUUCACCAUGCUUCUUAUUUUGAAUAGAUUAUAGUCUUUUAUUAUUAGUUUUUUGAAUGCCAUUGUAAUACUGAAAUGAUAAAUAAAAUAAUUAUGGUUUAAUUUGCGACGUCAAAUAAAACCACCGGUAGUCUAUCACUAAAGUAGUCUAUGGCCCCACUUCAGCAAAUUAGGCAGUUGCCAAAUUUUUUUUUUUUAAAGUUAAAAAUAAUUAUUUGUAUUAACAUUUAGCAGUUAAACAAAUAGUUGAUUAGCUACUACAAUAAAUAAUAUUUUGCAAUAGAUUUAAAGUAUUUAUUGUACAAAAUAACUUUGGUAUACCUACCUAAUUACAAGGGUUUUUAAACAUGUAUAUUAUAGUAAUUCAAAAACAUGUGGUCCUGAGUAAAAUAUGUAAAAAUCUAAGAUAUUCAAUGGAUAUAUUUAAACAAAUUAUAUGAUACUAUGAUUUAGUUUUAAAUAACGAUUUAUUUCAAAUUAUAUAAAAAAUAUUAAUUGUUUACAUUGUAAGUAAUAUUAAACAUUAUGUUUGUCAUAAUAAGGGUUAAGGGCUUCUGUAGUUUAUUUCAUUUAAAAGUAAAAAUGAUUUUUUCUCUAAAAAAAAAAAAAAUAAUAAUAAUAAUAAUAAGUAAUAAAGUUUUUAAUUUAUGACACAAGUUAGGGCACAAUAAAAUUGUUUUGUUUUUUUGAUUCUAUGUAAUACACAAUUUAGAUAACAUUUUAGGUAACUAUAUAUUUAAAUAAUAAUAUUAUGUAUAUAAUUGGAAAUUUAAGUAGGUAUCCUAUCCAAAAACAAUUACAAAAGCAAACAUUUAGUCAAGAAGCCCUUAGUCCAACAUAAUAUACCUCUUAUACACUGUUCAUUUAAAUUAAUUAAUUUUUUUCGAAGACUUGAUAUGCUAUUAUUUAAAACUUUCUAUUAGUUUUGAUCUCAUCCAAAUUAUUGUAACAUUUUACAAUAUGCAAAUCUGGUCAUAUUCUAGUAAAAAUAUUGAUAUUAAUAUAUUGUAUUCAUUAUCAUUGAAAAUAUACGUAGUACUAAAUUUAAGCUGUAAUUUUUGUUAUAUUCUUGCAUUAAAAUUUGGUACCUAGUUAUUAUAGUGGUACUGAAUAUUGAUAUAUACAUAAAUUAUCUGGAACUAGGUCAAUUGAUCCCCACCAAAAAAUAUUGUAUGCGGACAAUCGGCCUCCAUCAUAAUUUUAUACACGGACAAUUGGUCCUGGGGAAAUUUUUUUCCUACGACAUUAAAUAUUUUUGAGUUAUGUUAUUAUAUUCGAUAAAUGUAUAUUAAUGUAAUUUAAAUAAUAAUCGAAAAAAAAUAUAUAACUUAAAUAAAAAUAUGGGAAAAAUAAUUCAUGUUUAAUGUUAAAACUUAGACUACACAAAUAAUUUAAAAGUUUAUUGUUUGAAAAAUUAUUAUUAAAAUUAUUACAAAUCAAUAAAAAAAAAUUUCUUUUUCACUUAUAGGUUUCAUAAAAUCAUUUAAAAAUACACUUUAACUGCUUUUAGUCAAAGAUAUCAUUGUUGUUGAAUUAUUAUUUGUAUAAUAAUCCUAUGCUACUGUAUAAAACAGUCUAAAGUAGUAUUCUAAAGUUGUUAUAAAAAAAAAAAAAUUAAUUCAUAUUAUGUAACCGUUAUAAUGAUUGGACCAUUAAAGCAAUAUACCAUCAUAUAACAUUAAGACCUACUUCUAUAUAUUUAUAACCUUAACAUUAUUCAAUAAGUUAUAUUAUCAAGGUUAUAAUGUUAAAAUUAAAAAUGAUUUAUUUUAUAAUCAUAUAAGGGAUUAACCCAUUAUAUUUAAGUAAAUUAAUUUAAUUAAAUACAAUAGAAGUUAAAAUUGACGGAGAACAAUAAAAAACUAUAACUAUGUACAUUAGGAAAUAGUAUAGAUAAUUAUAAAACUUCUUAUCCAUCAUAAGUGUUUUACUUUCCAUUUGAUGCUAACAUUAUGUAUAUAUGUAAAAUAUGUAUUUAUAAUGACUUCACAACUAAAUAUAAUAUGGUCUGCAAACAUUGGUUGUACAAAUAUUUAUGAAUAAUAAAAAAAAAAUUAUACCUAUUGGGAGAGUAGGUAACCUUCUCACUUGAACCAAAAAUAAUCUGAUGUACAUUGCUGAAAAUAUAAAUGUUUUUUUAAAUAAUUUGUGAAUAUUUUAUAGACCAUUUAGAAAAUAUUUAAGAAAUAUGAGUAUUACUUUCUUAAAAUAUUAUUAGAAUAAUUUGUCAGUAAUGAACAUUGGUACUUUUUUUUUUUUAUUUACUUAAUAUUGAAAUUAUUUAGGUAUACUUUUGUUUUUAAUUACAAUUUGUAUUAUAAUAAUAAUUUUAUUUACGGAAAUUAAUUUCCAAUUUCAAAAUAAUAAAUUGUCUGUUUAUAAAUACAUGGUUAAAGAAAUAAUCUAAUUAAUACUAAAUAAUAAUAUUAAGUUAAUACAUUUAAAUCAUCAUGCAAAACAAACUAUUUAUAUAAUAAAUGUAUACAAGAAUUAAUGGAUUAUAAUAAAUUGUACAAAAUAAACUAAAGUAUUAUUUAAAAACUAAUGAUAUAUUGAAAUAAUGUAAGAUAGUAAAGAGUAUUAUUUGAAUAAUAUAUUUGAAAAAUUGAGUAGUGUUAAAUAUAUCUAAAUUAUAAAUUGAAUUACCAGCGACCAUAAUAACAUUUGCCGGGGUGUAUACUAUGUAUUUUUUAUUAAUUGGCGAAGGAUAAAAUAAUGAUUUAUUUCUUGAACAUGAUUGGUUUAAUCUAAAAUUUAAAUGCUCAAGAAUUCCAGGACAGUUAAUAUUAUGUCACAAUUUAUAAAGAAAUUUACAGUUCAACAAAUGUAUUAUUUUAUCUAAAGACAUUAUUCUAAAAAAACUACAAAUAAUAUAAUAUCCUAAAUGAGGUACUCUUUCUAUAUAGCAUUUAUACAAUAAAUAUCUUAGGAAGUUAUUUUGGAUUAAACUUUGAUUAUGUGUUAGUAAAAGAAUAUUGGUUAAUAAUUAUAAAUAAUACAUUUAAUUUCAAUAAUACAUUUAUACUUUAAUAAGGCAUUAUUAUAUUAAUACAUAUAUAUUUACCUAUCAGUAUUUUACUAAGUAUAUAUUUAGUAUCUAUAACUAUUUAUUUAUAGAUAUCUAAUAUUUGUUGAUUCAACAAUUUUAUUUAAAUAGUUCUAUUUUUAUCUCUAAAAAUUUUGAUUUCAUACAUUUCAAUAGUUAUAGAUACUAAAUCCCUAUAAAAUGAAAUACUGAUAAAUCAAAAAUAUAUAAAUAUUAAAUAUAAUAAGAACUUAUUUAAGUAUAUAAAUAGAUUAUUAAAAAUCCAUUUUGUUGAAAAAAAAGCAAACGCGUGUAUAGGUAAUAAAAUUAUUAAGUCUUGAUAGUCUCUAAUCUAUUCUGUGAUUUCUUAUCAUGGUAUCAUUGUUUUAAUAAUAUUAAUUUUUGAAACUUUAGUAACAAUUUCAUCAUCAAACUGAAUUUCAAUAUGAAUAGGAUUAAAAUUAAAAUUAUUUACUAUUAUACUAAUUUAAAAUUUUUUAUUAUCUAAUUCUACUAAAUAUUUUUAUCCAAGCAUUUACCUAUUAUAAAUUAAUAAUUUAUUUUUAUAAUUAAUAACAAUUUUUAAUUAAUUAUUUAUUUAGUAAUUAAAUUAAAUUUACUACCAUUUAAUAUUUUAUUAGUUCUCUCUACUAAUUACCUCUAUAAUUGAGGGACUACAUAUUGAAUAUCAUGUCUAAUAAUAUUUACUUGACAAAAAAUUAGCAAGAUAAUUAUAAUUUCUCACUUAAUAAAAAUAUAAUAUUGUUAAUUUGAUUACAAUUCAACUUUUAUAUUAUAAUUAUCGCAAUCCGACAGUGAGAUAGACAACGAUACACUAGUGUCGUCGCCGGACGGCGAUCGGGCUCGCGGUGACGUCUUGUUGCACGGCGGGCGGCAGUUUUUGGCGUCUGUACCAAAACGCACAUGAUAAUUGCAUGGCCCAUUAGCAUGAGUGGAAUUCGGCGAACAAAGCAAAGGCAACUGCGAUGAGCUCCGACGUUUGAAGAGUGCGUCGACGCGUUUUGUGAGCUUACAGACAGCGCCUUCGAGGGCGUUUAUUCGUUGAGAAACGGACAUCGCGUCGACGUUCAAUGAGCACGCCCCCAUAACGCGAUCGGCCCGAGCAGCAAGAAUGUCGAGAGGGGCGUCUUGACCGGCAAUGAUCGCGUGUACGUUGGACGGCAAUUUCUGCAACCACAACUCCUUGAGCGCCUGCUCGCCGAUACCUUCGGACAGUGUGUUACGCAUGUCCCGGAGCAGUUGCGAAGGGCGGCGGUCGCCGUGACUAUCGGGUUGUACUAAAGUGCGAAAAUGCACUGAACGCGACAAACCGAAGGUUUCGAUGAGGCGGACGCGAAGAACAUCGUAGAGCACGUAUCUCCCGAGAAGGUCGGAAACCGCGCGGAUACAAUCUUCGUCGAGGGCGACGAGCACGUAGUUAACGCGCGCCAUGUUUGACGUCACGCGAUAAACAGUGAACAUAGCCUCCGCGUGAACGAACCAAUGUGCCGGCGAAUGACGCCAGAAGAUCGGCAGAUAAAAGUUCAUGUUGGCAUUGAUGAAACCGACGGUGUUGUUGUUGUCCAUGACUGACGAAAGUCGCUUGAGACGGGUAAAAAAUUUAAAAAAAAAAGUAGGUCACCAAAUGUGGGCGUUACGGCAGAUACUUAGAGCGGUAUCUAAGCCGUGGCCGCGUAAUACGGUGUUGAUAAAAGCUAAAGAAAGACGCGAACGUGUUCGGAAAAACAAAGAAAUUACUGCUAGAACGAAAUGAAUGUACGCAGAAUAUUAUGGCGGUCAGGUAUCGGUCGCAGACGGACGGUUCGGCGAGAGCGAAGAGCGAGUCACGACGAACGAAACGGAAUGAUAAUAAUACAUAAUAAUAAUAAUAAUGAUAAUAAAUAUUAAUCGGAAAGCGCGACUACGCGAUCGAUGGUCGAUGGCGCAGGCGCGCGGUCUGCAAGAGAAAGUAGGUUGACCAACGUUCCGACGUAGAACAAUACAGAAACGACACUACAAAAAAACCGCGGAACAUCGAAAUUUCACCACCAGAAGUGCUACUGCAGAGUCGCUAGUUUCGUGAAACGUACUGUAGCUCAGCUGAACGGACCACCGCAUCCCUACAGUAUGAAAUAUUGGACACUACAAGAUGAAACCUUAUCCGUAAUCCGACAUGAUGUUGGUAAUGUGUAUCCCUAUUUGUUAUGAUAUUAUAAAAACGGAUACAGUACUACCCGUUGACUCAACAAUAUAUUGUUCUGUGAUAAUAUUGAUAUGAUUUAUUUAAGUGAUAACGUAUUGCAUGCCCUCCCUGGAGACCGCGUCAUAGCGAUAGACACCCAAUUUUGCCAAAAGCAGUUCCAGGAGUAAUGGAGCAUUAUUUGUGUGGCAGAACGCUGUGUGAUGUUUGAAUAGUUCUCCACUAUUUUCCCCUACCCAAAAUUUAAAACUGAUAUAUUAUGUCCAAAAAUAAUACUACAAAUUUUAGAGCUGUAGGUUUCUUUAAUUGUCAAACCAAAUUUAUCUUAAAACCGUGAUUACCUACUUUUGAAAUAAUGAGAAUAUCUAUUCUAAAAAAUAAAUGGAUCAUUUUGUACAAAAUAAUGAAGCAUUCCGUGAGUAAAUACCUACAUCCAUAAAGGAUGAACAAAUUCUCAAAUAUGAGACACUACAAAUGGCAUUAUGCAAUAUGCUGGAUCAAGCUCAUAAGUAAAAUAUUAUUUUAAUUAGACUUAUUUAUUGAAUUGUAAGUUAAAAUAGUAUAAUAUUUGUUUUUCUUUAUUUUUGAUACUUAAAAUGUUUUCUUAUUACAUAUUAUGAACACUUAAUUUAUAAUAAUAUUUUUUGUUUAUUAUUGUUUAUUUAACAUACAAAGAAAAAAAACCAUGUAGUAUUAAUUGAAAAUAAGUGUUACUUUGGCAAAAUUCUCAAUACGAGAAUUUAUAUUUUGUUUACAAAAAUUAUUUGAUUACAAAUUUAGUCUUUUUUUUUUUUGUUUACAUUAAAUUGUAGACAUUACCAAUGGACAAAAACAGUAAAACGAAUUUUUAAAAUACAUAUAUAAACAAUAAUCAAUAUAUUGUGCCAGCCAUCUGAACCCUUCUUGAUAACCAUGAUGUUUCAAUAUAGAACACAUUAAUACUUCUAAUGGACGACCAGGAAGCUCAUGUUUUAGUACUCUAGCCUAAAAUUAAAAUCAUAAUAAUAAUAAUCAUACGAUUUUGAUAUUUUUUUAUACUUCUUCAAAAACAUAAGGUCAUUUAUAGAGACGUACACAGGAGGGGAUUUUGGAAAUCCAAUCAAAUUAAGGAAUUUAGACUUGUUAAUUUCGUAUUUGAUUAUUGAACAUAUUCAUCAAAAAUAUAUUAAUAUGCAAAAUACAAUUUUGAUUCUAGUUUUGUCUUGUAAAGCCUAUUAAUUUCUUAUUCUGCUUUUUUUUUUAAUGAUGUAAAAAGAAAUAUGCAAAUACUACAAGCCCUUUGCCCUUGUUAUAAAUAUUUCAGUUAAUGAAAAAUAAGUAUUACAGGAACAUUGUAAAUCGUGUACAAUAAUAAGUGAUAGAUAUUUUGAACGAAAUAAUAAUAAUGAUAAUAAAAACUGUUUUUGCUUUCUUGUAUAAUUUGACUAUUUUUUGUUAAUGUGCGGACAAUUGAAGAGGGGAAAAUAUGUAAAAUAAUGUAAAAGAAUAACAAGAAAUUACAAUUUUAAGAUGUAAUAAACUCUAAAAUUUCAAUUUUAAUUCAGUUAAACGUCAUGUAAAAUGCAUGUAAAAUGUAUAAGUAGGUAAUAGGUAAAUAAUUUUUAUAAUAACCAGCAAUAGUAAUAUCAAUUACUAACAUAGCACACCUUUACUGAUUUGAUGGUAUUUCAUACUUGUAGAAUCGAGAAUUUGUCUUGAAACCUGUAAGAUCUUUUUAGACAAAAAACAAUUUUCCAUUAAUGUCUGGAUUUAAAGAACUUAUACAAUGAAUUUAAUCUUAUCACAAUGAAUAAAAAUUCCUUUUCUUUCACAUACCAUAACCACAAUAAGCAAUUAUUAAGAACUUUGUUUAUCUGUAGCUUUUUGUAAGCAAGAUAUAAUUUAAAAUAAUAAAUUAUCAAUAAUAUAUUGAAGGUAAUUAAUAAUAAUAUGUAGUAGUGUAAUAGUGUAGUAGGUAUAAUAUGUAAUAAUAAUGUAAUUAUUAGGUGUAUACCUACUGUGGUAGAUAUACACCUGUCCGUGUCUCUUAUUGCCACGAAAUGCGUUUUUAUUUUUUAUAAUUAUUAUCGACCGAUUACACCGAGUUCCUCACACUAUCGAACUGAUUUCAACGGCCUUUGUAUUUUUCAUUUAUAAGAUAUUAAGGCCCCUUAAAACUGCUACAUAAAAAUACGGCUAAAAAGAAAUCGUACUUAUAAAACCAUUGUAAAAUGUGUACUGUUAUUGUUAGAGUUUCAGCAUGAUGGCGCGCUCUAUUUGUGGAAAUAAGUGUAGUAAUAUUACGUCGAAGUAAAAAAUUAUCAAUAGAGCGCAGCACCAAACCAGAACCAGAUACUUAAUAUUUUUGUUUAUGCUAGAUGUAAUAAUAUUUAACUAUAUAUUAAGACCGUAGUAUAAACUAGAUAGUUGAUAAUAUGAUAUACCUACUAGCGGAUUUAGAUUUUUCAGUGGGUGAGGGAUACUGGCUUAAAGUUUUUCAUAAUAAUAUUAAACGAAUACGCUACUACAAUACACACAAUUACAGUACCAUCCUAUUUAAAUUCGUUAUUUCAAAAAAGAGUUGAUACUGUGGACGGAUGUGCUACUGUGAGAAGUUGGGAAGAUAGAAUACAUUAAGUUACUUAAUUUAUAUCUGUAAGUAACGAUUCACCAUUACUAACGAAUACAAUUCGGAGUGAAGUUCGGUUAUAAGAGGCCGUAAUAUUCACGAUUUUCGUCAAAAUUUGAUAGGUAUUAAAACUUUUAUAUAUAUAAAAAAAAAAUACAACACUAGAUACACUAAAUUUUUUUUUAAUCACCAAGUGCGACUUAUAACAAACCUCCUGUUAAAUUUUCAAGCUUUUCUGUGUAGUUUGUUAAAUCCACAGAGUAGGUACCUACUACCUACCUACCGCACAAAAAUUACGUACAAAUCUCGCAAAAUUAAAAUGUUUACAAAUAGCUGAAAUAUUUUGAAAACUUUACCACCUCUAGAUAAAGCAAAUGUAAGCUUUUGUCUAAAUUUCAAGUGUCUACGAAUUUUUUUAAUUAAACUACAACAAAAAAACAAUAUUGAAAUUAAUAAAAUAUAAUUUCUGUACAUUUUCCUGUUGUUUCUAUUUUCUAUUGUAAUUGUUCUAUAUUAUUAAGUGCAGGGAAAAUCAAAAAACCUACUUUCUUACUCACCAACUAGAUUAAAAAUACAACAAAAAAAGUAUCUUGUUGUUUGUUUCUGGUGUAAUAUUUUUUGGUAGAAAAUAUCGUACGUACCAAUUUAAAAUAAUGAAGUCAUAACGUCUUAAAUUAAUCAGUUAUCAUUUUAUGUUUUUAUCCCGUUUUCUUAAUUAUUAUGAAAACUACAGAGAAAAUCAAAAUCAUACCUAACAUCAUAUUAUUAUGUUACUAUGUUAAUACUAUUCCAUAAAUAAAAGCAAAAUCAUGAAAUAAUUAUUAUUCAGGUAUAAAUUAGUUUAAGUUAAUUAUGACCUUAGGUAUAACAAGUUACUUAAAGACAACAAGCUGUCAAUUGCUUUUUUUUAUCUUAACUAUGUAUACUACAAACAUUAAACUACUGAAGCUAUUAAGCUAUUUUAUUUUCGAUAAAAAAUAUUUUUAUCCUAACCCCACAGUUGCUGAAUUCCGUCAGCAUAGAGUGGGACAUUUAACUUUGAAAUCCGGCCUGCUAGCGAAACAGUAGCCUCUGAAUUCCGUCUCAUAGAUAUUUAACUAUUAACAAUAUUUUUUUUUCCAGUCUUAGAACUAACAGUUUUACUGGCGUGUUUAAAAAUGUUUAUUGUUAUUAUUAUCUGAAAUGAAAAUAAAUAUUAUAAUAAAAUAUACUGUGCCUGUUUCUUCUAUUAACUAAUAUGUAUUUACUAUGACUCGUAUAACUUUUUUUGAUUUAACAUGAAAUUUGUUUAUUGGUGUAUUUUAUUUUUGAGAUAAGUUAGUUUCUGAUUUACGACUCCUUUGCUUGACUCUAGUAUUUUAAGUAAUUUAGUACGAUUGGGUUGUCCAAAACUAUUUAGGUUUUCGAGAAGGGACAACAAUUUGUAUUUGAUUUUAGACCCCCCCCCAAGUCUCUACAGUUACGCUAUUGUAUAUUCUAUUCGACUUUUUGAUUAAAUUAAUCACUCAAUCCAUUUAAAUUGUAAACUUUUUAAGUCGUCGAAUAUGGCAAUACGCCAACUGUUGCCACGACAACGACGGCCCGGCCACCUUCCUGCAAAAUACACACUAAUCAAUAAAGGUGGUAACAUGAACCUGCGCAGUGCGAUGCCGACCACGCCUUGUAGCUUGGAAGAUUCGCUAAAUAAAACUCGGAGGAGAAAAAUUGCUGUGAAAAAAUCGAGCCAAAAUAAAGUCUGACGAAUAAAACACCGACGAAUAACAAUCUAGCGAAAAAUAAUUCCGACCAUAAGAAAUUUGCAUAGUUAAAUUAUUUCUAUAAAGAUCCUAUAAAAAAAAAAUCCGCACUUGAAGGUACAUAUUUCACAUUGUUACGUGCCCACACUUGGUGCAUGUGUACCCGAAGUUGACUUGAGAUUGGUCGAGACUAAGGUAUCGAGGGAAAGCAACUUAUGUAAUAUUUUACCUAUAUAGUUAUUUUAAUUUUAAGUAAUAGUAUUGAUUAUAGUCGGUAUUAUAAAAUAUGAUGACUAUAAUAUUCGUAUAUUCGCAGACUAGCAGUGAUGUAAAUUUGCCUGUACAAAAUGAAGUACUUGCAUCCAGUGGCGAAACACAAAUGUAUUAAUCUACCAAUAUUUCCGAUACAUUACAAUAUUUUCCAGUAUUCUUAUUAAAUAUGUAGUUAACGAGUAGGUACUAAUAAUUAAUUACCUUCAUAUUGAGAACUCACCCACCUCUAAAUCUUAAUUAAAUUCGAGAAGCAACCGUUUCUCAAAGACUUCGUUCGAUUGUAUUUAUAUUUUUGUACUUAUAGGUCUACCUACCUAUAAUUACUAUUUUCAAGAGUAAACAUUUGUCAAAUAGGUAAACAAUAUUAAUUUUCGUUAUGAUUAGCGAUUAAGGAUAAGCAGGGCCAGGUCUAGUGGGAGGGGGACGAACAGGGACAUUUGCUCCGGAAGUCAUGAUCGGGGAGCACCAAAUUACCAAAUAAUAACUGGAUAUAUUAACAGAUUUUAUUCAUUCAUAGAAACAUUUUUUGGAAUAAUACAAAAAUGUUUUUUUUCUAGUUCCAUCCAAAGAUAGGAUAUUUUAUUGGACAACCUUCAUUUAUCUUUAAAUGAACCGUUUAAUAAGUGUUACAUGUACUACCAGGUUGUACAAGAUUUCGUAAUCGUGCAUGUGUUUUAGGCUUAUUUGAACUUGGUAUUAAAAUUACAGUCUUGAUCUGAAUUAAUUUUAAUACUCGAAUAAAUUAAAAUAUAUUAGAAUGGGGAGACUAAAAAUAGCUAUUAAGUUUGCUAUGAAAAGAUUCACAUGCUUGGGUUGUGCACUUAAUGUUGGAACUUAUUUCUGCUCAUAAAUGAAAAGGGAAAAUUGAAUCCACUGAUAUAUUAUAUUAUGUAUCGACUAAAUAGUCUUCAAAUGUUGUUAUCUUAUUAUUAAAGACUGGAUUUAAUUGCAUUUAAAACACACAAAAAUUACAUAUUAAAAUUAUAUAAUUGCACCAAAAAAUACGUAAAAAUUGCAUAAUAAAUUGCACUAUAAAAAUGUAAAAAUUAUAUUAAAAAAAUUAGAUAAAUGUUAUUUUUUAAAAUUAAAAUUGAUAAUUAGGUACAUUUCUAAAUUAUUUUUAUUAAAUUUAAUUAUUUUAUUACUUAAAAUAUGCUUGUACAAAGAAAAAAUACGUUCUACGUCUACACUAGUUAUUGGUGCAUAUUUAAAACAAUUUAAUAAAGUAGGCGUUGUAUUUAAAUUAAUAUUUGAUUUACCUGACAUGACUUCAUAGUAAAACUUUAAAGUUUUAUACCCUUUAUAAAGUUUUAUUUGAGCUAGGAAUAUUUGUUAAAAUAUCUUCAAUUUUUUUAAAAAUAUCCAUGCUUUUCAGUAGUUCAUUAUUAAAUUUUUCCAAAUUUUUAAGAUUCAUGGAUAACUCUGAUAAGUGUAAUUUUAUUAAUACUAAACCACAUUUGACUGUAUUAUUUUGCACAAGCUGUUUCAGCUUUUUGACACUUGUAGCAUCUAUUAAAUUUUCAAUCACGUUUUUAAACUCUUCAAAAUUAUUUUCAUAGAAAAGUGCAGCAUUUAACCAUGUUCCCCAUCUUGUAAUAAUAGGUUCAGGUGGUAAAGGUAUACUCGGCAUUUUUUUUCUGUAUUUAUUUAUUCUCGAUGGUGCCACCAUAUACAUAGACACUUAUCGUUCGCUGGGCUCUCCAAGGUUCUAGAAAAUUCCAGACGAACGAUUAAUGCCUAUGAUUUAAAAACAGGAUAAUUGCAACAAAUUGCAAAAACGUCAAUAAUUGAAAAAAGUUGUAAUAUAAUAUUAAAUAGGCAGAAUAUUUUUAGUAUAUAUCGGCUAUAUAUUUAAUCAGAUCUGGUUUAUCUUUAUUGCAAAAAAAGUUGCAAUAUCAAUUAAAUCCUUUACUUAUUAUUAUUUUAUAUAUUGAUGCAUGCUGUUUGAAAAUGUUUGAAUCGUUUAUGAACCACUUAUUAAUUUAUUACCUGUAUAUUGAGAGGCUACAAGUAUUAGACCCUUUUCGUUAACAAUAUAGUUUAGGGUACUCCGGGAGGCGACUAGUAUAAUAUAUAUCCGGGAGAAGAUUCGUAUUAAAAUUAUCGACCUUUUUGACCUCCAGAGGUGACUAGUAUGCGUCCAUAUAAAAAGUAAUAUUAUUGGUUAGUUAAGCCUAUCAUUUUGUUUAUCAAUCGAUGACAUAUAUUCUUUUACAGAUCACCAAUAACACGACGAAUUUCAUUCUUAUGUUCUUCGAUGGUUCAUGGUUUAUUUUCAUAGACGUGAGCUUCAACGGUCCCAAAGAAAGAAAUCCAGCAAUAGUUUAUCGUUGAAAAAAUUAAUAAUUUGAUUAACAUUAAUGUUUUACCAUAUAUAUAUAUAUAUAUAUAUAUACAAUUAAUAAAUACCGAAAAGUUAGGAGUAUAAUAAUAAUUUUAAUAGGAAAUAUCCAAUAUUAUAUGAAAAAAAAACAGCAAAUUGUUUCAGAGGUUAACACUCAAAAAUAUAUCAAUAAAAAUUAAUCAUUAAUACUAUAAAUAAAAUACAAAUCUAAUUUUAAAAUAAUACGAAGACCAAUUAAUUAUAAACUAUAAUGAAAGUCACAGUCAUUUUCCUUCUUAAAUCAUGUUUAAAAUGUAUGUUUAGUUGCAAUUUUUGUUUGAUUAAUUAUUUUGAUAUCUAAACAAUUUGAUCAACAUUUUUAAUUUUUCGGAAUGUGUUCUAUAUAGUUACUGCAUUUAAAUUGGAAUCUGACCUAACUAACUUCAUAACAUUAAUUUGCCCAAAAUAUAUCUCAGAUAAGUCUAAAAAAUGUUAACUUGAUUUUUAUUGUGAAAUUAAAUAAUUUGUAGUGGAGUAUGAUAAAUCUAGUGAUUCAUUAAUGGGUGUUCAACAAACUAUUCUUGCAAACUUACAUCAUUUAAAUUUUUGACGCUUUAUCAGAAAAUGUAAAAGUAAUUUUAAUAUUAAAUAGUAUUAUACCUAUUUUACAACUAUAUUUAUAAGAAAAUAAACUAUAUGAUGCAGGUUUAUCGUAUAAUAUAUAAUGGGAAGACGUUAGUCAAGAGCCCUCCCAAAAUCUCCGCGUAUACCUCGUAUGGCUCUUGACUAACGUUCAUGGAGUUAUUGAUUUAAUGUUAAACAGUUUCUAUGGUUACUAUCGAGCGAGGUCGUUUCGUGGCGGUCUCUGAAAGCAUUUUAUAAGUAUAGGUCUCUGAUAGGGCUUACACUGCAUUCAUUCUUCAAACGCCCGUGCACGCAUACAGUUCUGUGUUUGUUGUCCUUGAUAUGUUUUUUUAUUUGUGUGCUAUUUUGUUAUAGCCAUCUGUGCGGAUCUAACUAUACUAUUAUUUUUAAUAGUUUAUGAAUGAUAAUUUGAUUUGAUUUAAUUUUUCCUAAAUGAAAAAUUAGUUUAAUUACCUACCUACAAACGUAUAUACAAUUCAAUUACGUCAUAUUACCUGCGCAGUGCAAUAUUAAUAUUCAAUAUAAUCAAGUCGAUAGCCGAAUACAACUCAUCCUUGCACCAGAAAGGCGAGGCGUUUAUAUUUUUCAUCAUUCCAAGCAAUAAUACAGUGAAUUUAUCAGGUUAGUUGAUAUUAAAUAUAUAUAAUACUUUUUUAAAGUUUUAUAUUAUAGGUAAUUAGAUACAUUAGCUGACGUGGUUGAGUUUGAAAUAUAUUUUAAAUUCGAUUAUCUAUCUUUAUGCAAAACAAAAUCCUUUGUCACAUUUUUUGUUUGAGAACCACUUAAUUUCCAAAGCCACUUAAGGGAUUUAGAUACGAUUUCGAAUGGUAGAUAACUAUGAUGAAGAUCAGUAGUACCAUUGGUUUUAUAAUAUACAAAUAAGCCGUGCUAGGGAAGAAACUGGUAACAGUUAAUGGGUGGCCGCCACUAAGAAGCACUGUCGGUAGCCGCUGGCAAUUGAGGUGUUAGCCUCGCCAUAGGUAGGUAAAGGGGAAAGUGGUGGCUGGCAACCACGGCUGAGCAGUGUGACUACAGAACCAAUAAUAAAUUAUGCGUUAUCAUAAAUGUGUUCACGCCGUACGGAGUUGUCAAAUUACUUAAAAAAUAACUCAACCUCCAUAUUUUAAAGGCAUUACGCAAACAAUAGGAGAAAUUUUUUUUUUUUGAAGAAGAAGAAAAGUUAAAUAAUAAUGACUUCAAAUUUAUAUUGACUUAUCAGUUAAACCAGGAUUCAUUUGAAAAUAUAUUUACCAUUAUGCUACAAAAAGGUGGCUAUAAUAGGUAUCCUACUGAAAGAACGAUCAGGACGUCAAUUAUAAGUACUUGUAUUUUUUCACUGUGCAUUUCUGAAGGGACAAAUUUUAAAAAUAUAAGUUGUCCGAUGAAGAUCUACCCUUUGAAUAUCUCCGGAGAUAAUAAAGAUAAUUAAAUUCUGUUUUUUAUAUUAUUCACAGGGAUGAUUACUACAAAUAUUUAUGUUUGAAUUAACUUUUUUUAUUAAAAAAAUAACUUUUUAUUUUAUUAUUUUUGGAAAUUCUUUAAAAUUUAUUUUUCUGAAAAUUUUAAUGUAUCACACAGUUAUAUCCGAUGAAUAGUUUCUAAGUAAUAGCUCUAUUAAAUUCUUAUGUUAUCUAGGGAAUAGCCUAACCACGUUACGCAAUAUUCGUAGUCCUCAUAUCCGUGAGUAAUAUAUUUAAAAAAAAAACAGAAUUUGAUUAUCUUUAUUACCUCUGGAGAUAUUUAAGGAGUAUAUUUUCGUAGAACAGCCUGUAUAAUUGACAACACAUGUGGCGAAUCAGUAGAACAAGGGCCAAUUUUAUUGGAGAAAGAACAAUUAUCAAACUAUAUGGAAAAUAAAAAAGCUUCAGAUUCUAGUUCAGAAUUCAGAUACAGUAUAGAUGCAGAAAAUAUAUUAGUUCGAGAAGGCAUGACAAAUACGAUAUCAGUCGUAUUAGAAGAUUGUUCUGUGAUUUAUAUCACUGGAUGUCUAGCAUAUAAAUGCAUACAAACAUUUUAUUGUCAACAUUGCAAAGGUCAAUUGGAUGUAGAAAAAUUGUAAACGAUAAAAACAAAUCCUGAUUAUAAAUACAAAUUAUUCAUCAUUUAACUUAGGACUUAAAACGGCGAAAAAACAAUUUAAUAAUAAACAAAAUAAUUUAAUAAUAUUAUAAAUAAAGUUUUAAAUAUUUCUGAGGAAAAUUUUAAAAACCUAAAAUAUAAAAAAAAAAAAUCCGGCAUAAUUUAAUAAAAUAAACAAAUAAUUAUGAACAAAGAAAAACAUGGAUUGAAAUUAACAAAGAUUGUGUUGACCAUAAAUUAUUUAUUUAGAAAAGGUUUACAGAAAUUUAUUUAGAGUGGUACAACUUAUGCACAAUAGUAAUAAUGAUAUAAUAACAACAAAAACAUGAUUUAAAGGUUAAGUAACUAUAACUGUUAUCAACCACAAAGUCACCAUCUCUCAAUCUCUGGUAAUCAUACAUCUAUCUUUAUAUAUAAUAUAAUAAACAAACAAUUAACAAUUAGAAAAUUUACUAUAUUAUACUCCGACCACGUUAAUACGAUGACCGGGUGGCCAACACGUUUUCGUUCGUUUCGAUCAGUUCCCCCGUCCCGAAAUUCACAAACAGUUAUCGCACAUAUGUGAUAGGCUGAUCGGUUUUUAAUAGUUACAAAAACAUUUGCUUAUACAGUUACGCACCGAACAAUAAUAUCAUACACCGUGUUGUAGUCGACGUCGAACGUUUGUUUUUGUACGUGAAUUUUUUAGUUUCAAAUUAUUUUUUUUGUUAACUGUUAAUUGUAUUUGUGAUUUUCAUCAUGGACAAUAAUCAAUUUCCAUCACCAGUGAAAAAAAUUCCGUCAGGAAAAGUAAGUAUAAUGAAUAUAUUAUAAAUAUAUUAUAUUACAAAUUAAAAAAUUAUUUAUUUUGUAUUAUUUAUUUAAAUAAUAGAAAAUAUUGGUAAAAUAAUAUUAAUUUACCAACUAACAAUACUAUUAUUUUAGUUAAUCAACAGUGCUCAAAAAUAAAUGAUUGUAAAUUAGUAUAAGUCAAUAAAGUCUGAGGUGUCUAGUAUGAAAUAUAAGGAUUGAUAGAGUUAAUUUCUAAAAACCUGAGAAUUAGAGUAAAUCGUGUUCGUAUAACGGUAUCCGAAUACAAAAGCAAUACAUUGUUGACAUCAUCAAUUCGUAAAAAAAACCGCCAAGGAAUCUGUGAUAAAGUGGAUGAAUUUGACAAAAAUGCCAUACGCCGUAAAGUGCAUCAAUUUUGAUUCAAUAAAGAAAUGCUGACGAUUUUUAAAAUAUUGAUAACUGUCAAUAUUUCAAACGCGAGUCUUUAAGGAAAAUACUCAAGAGUUUGAAUUUCAAAUUCUAUAAAAGGAAUAGGAAUAGCAUUCUUACUGAAAGAAUAGACCUUAUUACAUGGCGUCAAAUAUAUUUGAUAACAAUCAAACAGUUUAGAGAAGAAGGAAGAAUAGUUUACUAUUUAGAUGAAACCUGGCUGAAUACUGGUGAUUGUGUUGGUAAGGUGUGAGUCGAUGAAACCGUUAAGUCUCACAGACAGGCCUUCCUGGAAGGACUAUCAACCGGGCCUUCUAAUCCUACGAAUAAAGGAAAAAGGUUGAUUAUACUGCAUAUCGGUUCAGACAACGGUUUUGUACGAGGUGGUCUCUUGUGCUUCAAAUCGAAAAAGAACACAAGUGACUACCAUAACAAAAUGAACGAUACAAUUUUUCAAGAUUGGUUCGAAGAAGUGAAGCCACUUCUUGAAAAUAAUGCCGUUAUUGUGAUGGAUAACGCGCCCUACCAUUCAGUAAAAUCCAAAAAAAUAACAACAUUGACAUGGAAAAAACAAUUAAUUGUCGAUUGGCUUAUAUUAAAAGGCGAAAAUAUCGAUCCUUAGAAAAUGGCAAAAUUUGACUUGAUGCAUAUUGUUAAAUGUCUUAGGCCAAGGUAAUAUAUUUAAAAUAAUUUUAAAAAAAAAGUUUUCAAUAAUUGUUAUUUUCUAGGUUCAAUUCGUAUGUCAGCGACGAAAUAGCUAAGAAGGUAAAUAAAAUUAUUCUCAUGCUCCCUCCUUACCAGUGCGUGUUGAACCCCAUUGAGCUGGGUCGGUCAAUGGUAAAAGGCUAAGUUAAAGCCAACAAUACAACUUUCAAACCAGAGGACGUCAAACACCUGUUACAUAAAGAUUUGGACAGAGUCAAAAGUGAAGAUUGGAAAUUGUGUAUUGAUCAUGUCAAGAAGGAGGAAGAGAAUUUUUGGAAUUUAGAAUUUAUUUUUGAUGAGCUCGUUGACAACCUUGCACAUAAUACCGAUCAUAUACUAACAACUGAGAAAUUUGAAUCUUCUGAAUUCUCUGAUGAUGAUGAUGACAAUUUUUAA